UGGAAUGAUUAGUUCAUGCGUCCUUUUCACUUUUAUUAUCAUACAGGAAAGAGGUUCUUUGAGGAGCUGGAUAGAGAUGGGGAUGGCCAAGUAACUCUGGAAGAUUUAGAAAUGGCAAUGCGACAGAGAAAGCUGCCACGAAGAUAUGCUAAAGAAUUUAUGAGCCGUACUAAAAGUCACUUAUUUUCUAGGUCAUUUGGCUGGAGACAAUUUUUAUCAUUAAUGGAACAGAAGGAGCCAACUAUUCUUCGUGCAUAUACUUCACUGUGUCUAAGCAAGUCAGGGACUCUGAAGAAGAGUGAAAUAUUGGAAUCACUUAAGAACGCAGGAUUGCCUUCAAAUGAAGACAAUGCUGUUGCUAUGAUGCGAUUUCUGAAUGCAGACACAGAAGAGUCUAUUUCAUAUGGGCAUUUCCGCAAUUUCAUGCUUCUGCUUCCCUCAGAUCGUCUUCAAGAGGAUCCUAGGAGUAUUUGGUUUGAAGCUGCGACUGUAGUUGCCGUUCCACCACCUGUUGAAUUUCCUGCUGGAAGUGUUCUAAGAUCUGCAUUGGCAGGUGGUCUUGCUUGUGUCCUAUCUUGUGCAUUACUUCAUCCAGUUGAUUCAAUCAAGACUCGAGUACAAGCAUCAACCAUGUCCUUUCCUGAAAUAAUUUCUAAGCUGCCACAGAUUGGGGUACGAGGUUUAUACAGGGGGUCAAUCCCUGCAAUUCUUGGACAGUUUUCAAGCCAUGGCUUGCGAACUGGGAUAUUUGAAGCGAGUAAAUUGGUGAUGAUAAAUGUUGCCCCGACACUACCAGAACUUCAGGUACAAUCCGUGGCAUCAUUCUGUAGCACGUUUUUGGGAACAGCUGUGCGGAUUCCCUGUGAGGUGUUAAAGCAGAGGUUACAGGCUGGUAUUUUUAACAAUGUCGGCGAGGCUUUGGUCGGUACUUGGGAGCAGGAUGGUGUUAAGGGUUUCUUUCGUGGAACUGGAGCUACCCUUUGUCGCGAGGUUCCGUUUUAUGUUGCUGGCAUGGGGCUUUAUGCUGAAUCUAAGAAGGGUGUGCAAAAACUGCUGGGACGGGAACUGGAGGCCUGGGAAACAAUUGCGGUUGGAGCUUUAUCCGGCGGCCUGGCGGCUGUUGUGACGACACCAUUUGAUGUCAUGAAAACUAGAAUGAUGACUGCGCAGGGUCGGUCGGUGCCGAUGACCAUGAUAGCUAUCUCUAUACUCCGGCGUGAGGGACCCCUUGGUUUGUUUAAAGGGGCUGUGCCAAGGUUCUUUUGGAUUGCUCCUCUUGGUGCGAUGAACUUUGCAGGUUAUGAGUUAGCAAGGAAGGCCAUGAAUAAAAAUGAGGAGGUUAAGACUGUCAGUUCAGAGUAAUGUUGUUUCAUACAGCAAGCAAACUAAAUCCUAGUCUUAACUGAAUUUUUGAGUUUCUAGCAGCAAUCAAUGAGUAAGGCCAUUGAUAAAUGCGGCUCUGAAAUACACAUUUUGUUUCAUUUGUUCAUUUUCUACUUUCUGAGUCUGCCAUUUGUAGCAGCAGAGUACAAAAAAUAUGUUCUACUUGCACACUAAAAAGGUUCAAUUUGUUCAUCUGA